AUGUUCAAAUCGAUAUCCAAGACUUUCAGAUCAAAGCCGAUAGCCGUGCAGCCGACGGUGGUCGGCACAGACCUGAUCAAUCAGAAGGAUCUGGUGGCGACACUCAAGACGGGGUCAACGAGCGCCAAAAUCGCCGCCGUCCGCCAAUUGACCUCCUCCAUCAAGACCGUAAGCAUCUCGUCUAUCCCGGAGCUGUGGUUUCUCGCCAAACAGAACCUCGAGCUCUCGAACUCGGACCAGCUCCGUUUGGAGACAUUCAAUCUGUUUCUCACCUGCAUUGAGGCAAGCGAUCACUCAACGCCCACUAAAAUGGCAUACUAUAAGGAUAUACUCGACUAUCUCGCGUCGGACACCGAAUACAGCGUCCAGAGUCUAAUGUUGCUCACAAACGACGGCCGCGACCUCUACGACCUGCUCAUCUACCAGCCAUACCCGUUCUUCAAAUACAUCUGGAGCACGCUAAACAACCUGCCCAAGCGAGAAGAAUCGCAGACACAGUUCGCCUUGUUCCUUGCAAAUUGUCUGAAAUUCAACUUCAAUCUGUUCGAGUCCAAGGACCUUGCGAAUCUGCUCUCCAAGGUGCUGGAUCUGGCCACCCUCGCCACCAACAUAGACACGCUCACCGCAUACUUCCAGAUCAUAGACACAUACAUAUCUCUCGGCUGUGUUCCGCCCUCCAGCGUGCGCGAUAUCGUCGGCAUUCUUGGCAAAGCCAAACAGCUGGGCAAUGUCCAGCUCGACCACACGAUCGACGGCAUUUUGGUGGCGCUUCUGAGCAGCCCGAGUUAUUCUUUGCUGACGUUCGUGAGGUGCACUGAAAUCAUUGGAGCUGAGGAGAAGCCCGCGUACGGCUGUCUGGCGUUUGUGCGAACAUAUUUGGAUUACUACAGAGAUACAUCGAAGGUCAGCACGUUGGUCACGGACGUGCUGGAGACUGCCAGUGGACUCCUGGUACCGGCUAUUGCCUCCUGUCCGGCACUGACGCAGCCGGGCGUGGCCAACGCCAUUUGCUCUGUGGUGCUCUCGCUGCUUAGCUUAGGCCUUCUUUCGCAACAACAGCUUACGGACGCGCGGUUCUGGAACUGUUUGAUAGCUAUAGAUUGCGGCUCCGUGGACAGAUCGACGGUCGCAGGGCUCUUUGACCGUCUGCAGGCCGUUGCUAGCCCAUUAUCGCGCGAGCAUACCGUGCGACUCUUCGAGAAAAACAGAGACGUUUUGUCGGAGUCGCAGCUGGACUUCGUCAUCGAUAGCUACAGCUCGGAGCUUAGAUGCGUGGCCAUCACGGAAAACUGGCAGCAGAACUGCGAGGCGCUCAUGAGCAACUUCGGCACCACCGACAAGGUUCUUGCAGUCCUAGAGCUGGCUUUUUUCGAGUCGCUGGACAUCUGCGAAAGACGCGAGCCUCUCGGCCACUAUCUGGACUUCUUCCUCAAUGACGGCUUCUGGAGCCUCGCCGGCUAUCGCGAGACACUCGCAAAAAUUCUGCUCCGCGUCGACGAACAGCUAUUAGAGCUGCUCGUGGCCAAGUUCCCGUCUGCGGCCGCGUUCACCCAGCACGUUGUGUACUCGCUGCUGGUUCUUUGCCAGAGCUCGCGCAACACCAGAAAAGCCGGUGCUAUCUUCGAUUAUCUGCUGAAGCUCGCCUCUUCUGCCAUUUCCACCGACCACGACACUUUUCUCACCGUCGCACGGCUCAUGGCCCGCGCCAGGCCCGCAGACGACUACAUACACUUUGUCGAUGUCUGCGACGUGGACGGACUGUGCCACAACCUGGCCAGGAACGUCGGCACCGGCCACACGCGCGACGAGAGCUGGAAAUGGCAGUAUCCCGAGACACUCCCGUACUUACCGCGCGAGCUGCUGGAAAGCUGCAGCCACCGGUGUCUCAAACGAUGCGAUCUAAGCGACUGGCUCGAACUUGUCGUUUUCACGCUCGAAACUUUUGUCGAUUGGGAGGUCUACUCGUUCAUGCUGGGCCAUCUGUGUCCGCAGCUGGCGUACUCGUCGCUGUUCCCGUCUCACGACCAGAUCCUGCGGCUGCUCCGCACGCUCUGCCACCAGCUGCAGCUGCGGUUCCCGUCGUCUUUCCGCCCGGUAGCCGUGUCGAAAACAGACGUCCAAGUCGCGCUGAUCCGGACGCUGUCUGCGAUUCCGGCGUAUCGAGCGAUUUUCUCCAGAACAGAGGAAGACCUGCUGAUCAGCUCUGUGAUCUCGGCGCUCAAGUCCUGGGACAAGACCGGCAUUCCGUGUCUGCACUUCCUCAUCGUCUCGUGCUACGAGUUCUCUGCCUCGAUCAAACGGUUUCUGGGCCCCAUUCUCAGCAUUUUGCAGACCAGACUGUCCGCCGCUGCUACCGCUGCCCCCAUCUUGGACUUGCUAUUUAGUCUUUCGGAACUGCCCGCUCUAAUUUCCAACCUGACCACCGAGGACUACAAACGCAUCUUCGCCAUCGCGUUCAAGUACAUCGAGUACUCCAAGGACUCGUUCCAGUACAAAAAAGAGCACGACGUGGACUAUCUGGACUCCUCGCUGGACAGACUGCCUUCAACCCAGUCGUUCGAGGUCAGCCAGCAGCUGCUGCUGUUUUUGACGGCGAUGUCGUACCGCGCGGUCUGCGGCUGGUUUCUGAAGCUCUCCAUGGACCAGCGCAGCCAGCUCGUCGACUUCAUCAAUAAAAACCUCGUGGCUCUCGGCUUGGAGGACACGAAAAAUAAAGUGCACUACGAGGCCAUCAACCGGUUUGUGACGGCUGACAACAGCACGAGACAGAUUUUCGCCCCUGACACAGAGAUUGAGCAGGACAAGGACUACGACACAUGCCAUUGGCUGCACGGCGACGGGCUCCUCACGGUCGCGAGCCACAGGCACACGCCCAAGUCGCUGCUCACGCUGCGUCGAUCGACCGCUAUCGACCGCUUCGAAGUGAGGCUGCCAGCCCAGCACACACACGCGUCUCUCAGGCCGUCGUUCGUGGUUUCCGCGCUCCUGGGAGCCCAGAAUGCCGAUCUGAAGCCCUUGGAGAUGGACGACCAGGUCCGGCGGUCUGUGGCGGUGAUGGACCGGAUCCCGGUGGUGAACCUGCACAAAAUCGGCGUCGUGUACAUUGGGCCCGGCCAGACCACCGAGAAGGACAUCCUGAGCAACCAGUUCGGGUCUGACGCGUACGAGGCGUUUCUGACGCGGCUUGGGAAGCUUAUCCGGCUGCGUGGCUGCAGGGACUACUACGUUGGCGGACUGGACACGCAGAACGACCAGGACGGCGAGUACACGGUGCAUCACCAUUCGCCGGUGACGCACGUGUGUUUCCACGUGACGACGAUGAUGCCGCACGGCACCGACGACGCCGUCAGCAGCAAGAAGCGGCACAUCGGCAACGACUUCGUGAACAUCUACUGGAACGACUCGGGCGAGCCGUUUCUGUUCCACAAGAUCGCGUCGCAGUUCAACUUCAUGAGCAUUGUGAUCGAGCCGUGCGCCGAGCGGUGCUACCGCGUGAAGAUCUUUCGAAAGGCGGGCAUCCCGGCCAUAUUCAGCACGACGCACUUCAAGCUCAUCAGCGAGCACAACCUGCCGAGCUACGUCCGCAACGUGAGCACGCUGUGCGGCCAGUUCUGCGAGAUCUGGACAAACUCGGACUGGCAGUUCAACUGGGAGCGCCGCUACAGGCAGCUGCAGACCAUCAGGGCGAGAGCUAAAUAG